AAUAGUACAGGAGGUUGUUCUGAAAGCCGUAGAGGAGGAAAGGAGAAAUAUGGAGAAGAUUCACGAAGAAGAAAGAAAUAUAUGGAAAGCAGAACAUGAGAGACAUAAUGAGAAGAUUGCCCAGGCUGUUUGGGAAGCAAUGCAAGAGCAAAGAAAACAUAAUGAAUCCAUCUCCAUUGUGCAACUACAGAAGGUUCCUGCUACAACCUCUGGGGAGAGAGAGGAAAAGGCAACAGCUGCAGCAGCACAUUAUCACCUUGUAGGCUGUCUACUUAGGAAAAGGAGGGCGUGGGUCCAUGGGUUCCCCUGCCCCAUUAGUCACGAAACCGGGCUGAACCUGCCUGUAAACCGUUGACAGCUACCCAUAUGUGCCAUAUGGAUCUGUUUUCCUUCUCAUCCAUUAAAGGAAUGAGAGGAACUAGUUCAUUGUUUCCUCAUCCAACUCACAGAUUUGCAGGUUCCA